CCAGUAGUCGUUUGUCGGCAGCAUUGUCACGUUUAGUUCAUUGAUUUGAUUAUGGGGACAGGCCAAGGAGUCAAACAGGAGAGGAACACGUUUUUGCGAUUGGCGUAAUGCAAGCGAAAGCCUGACUGAUGUGGAUUGGCAUCGUUCUUCUUAGUUUCCCCGUUGCUGAUUUGAAGAGGAUGACAUCCAUGUUUUGAUAAAGCCCUCAGCUAUGCAGGCGUGCUCAGACUUUUCCUGUCAAGUGGUGGCAUUACUUAAGGCGUCAGCCGGAAUUUAGCUUUUUUUUUUUUAACCUUCUACCAACCCCAUGCAGGUAUAGCAUGCUAACCUUGUUUAUCGCAAGCAUCUUGCACGAAAGCCUCUGGCCAGGCUGAGCCAACAACCCACAACCUGGGUGGUUUUUAGGGCUUUUCUUGUGCUGCUUUGCAGAGUUGGCUCGUAAAGGCAGAAUUUUCUGAUGUACUACCACCCCCUUGGCAGUAUUUAGCCAUGUCAUGCUCCCCCUAAUUCCCCACACUUGUUCUGGAGGUGGGGACGAGCUGCCGGAAUUGCCUCCUUCCAGGGACGCCACCCUUCACGGCUGAGAGAACCCCCAAAGCCUGGGCCCACCAGUCACCAUGCUGCUCGUGUUUCAGUGUCCCGCACAGGCUGCUAUUGUCGGGUUACGGUGUGUGUGUGUGUAGCUGUGCUGUGAUUGGCUCCGGCCAGGCCGUGUGAGACAGCGCUGGGUGACGUCUCCUUGUUGUUAAUCCCUCAUUUCUUUCUGGGAUGUUUUCCGUACACCGGGCAGGUCAUGCUUUGGCAACUCAGGAGUAACUUUGGGGUAACUCUGACACUUUUUGGACCUGAUAGAGGCUGAAUGGUGUUGUGGACUUGAUGCAUGGCCCUUGCAACCACCCUGCUUAAUGUGUUUGACGUUGUCGUGGGACUGAGCACGCACAGCAGCGGCCAUGGCGCAAACCGUGCACGUGAACGGCAGCGGCCCAGAAAGAGGACAAGGAUGUCUAAGCACCGGUAACGACAAGGACUCUGUGGCUCCGUACUACGUUGAAACUCCGUACGGUUUCCAGCUAGACUUGGAUUUCCUCAAAUAUGUCGAUGACAUAGAGAGGGGCAACACCAUUAAGAAGCUGAGUAUCCAGAGGAAGCCCAAAGGGGGCAAACCAGGGGCAGCGGCGCCACGGGCAAGCACCGGCGGGGUCAGCGUCGGGGCCGAAUGGACGUCCACCGAAUCGCUCUCGUCCUCCAACAGCGACGACAAGCAGUCACCGGUCUUCUUCAGCGCCAAGCCUCCCCAGGUAACUGCUCCGCUGACGCCCACCCUCCAGAGGGCGGCCCGUGAAGCGGCCCCCCAGCAGUCCUACACCAGCGUGGUGGAACCCAGGCUGCUCCUUCCGCCGCUCUCUCCGAGGUUCACGCCGCGACACAACCCCCAAGUGGAGAAGACCCUCAUGGAGACCCGACUUAGACUGGAACAGGAGCGUCUUUUCAUGCAGCCGCUUGGCGAGCCUCUGCUGCCCCGCCGUCGUCUCGCCAGCUUCGGGGGAACGGGCUCCAACAGCUCGUUGUCCUCGUACUCGGGGUCCGUGGUGCCAAGUCAGAUCUCUCCCAGCACCUUUCAGCCUUUGCCCAUAAAUGGCCACCUCCUCAAUGGAGACUACAACCCUUAUCCACCAUCCGUGGGUAGCUCCAUCCGCCACAGUCCCAUGAGCUCCGGCAUGGCCACGCCCGUGACCAACGUCAGCCCGUUACACCUUCAGCAGAUCCGGGAGCAGAUGGUGGUCGCGCUCAAGAGACUGAAGGAGUUGGAGGAGCAGGUGAAGACCAUUCCCAUUUUACAGGUCAAGAUAGCGGUUCUCCAGGAGGAAAAAAGACAAUUGUCUGCCCAAUCCAAAGACCAACUUCCUGGUGGAUUCCGCAAGCGCUCUUACAGUGUGGGCAGUGCCGACCAAAUGGAGAACCCGGGCCCCAUCCAAAAGGAAACUGUACUGCACAUCAUUGAGCCCGAAGCCCAGCAACAGAACGCUCAGCAACUUGAAGAGUUUCGGCGUCUUGCUGCUGAGGUCCAAGCUCUGGAGAAGACCACGCUCGACAAUAUUGGAUUUGACAGUCAGACCGUCAAUCAGAAUCAGGCCCUCCAAAAGUCUGUUGGUGUCGUGACUGAUGAAAACAUGAAUAACCUUCAAGUCCAGGUGCCAAAAGCACGUUGCCGCCGGGAUGUAGGAGUCACAACGGAACGCUUGGAGACCCGCAGUGCCUUAGUGGGUGUGAACGAGGCCAUGCUGGGCGUGUCCAAUGAUGCCGAGAAGGAGAUCGAGCUCCAGCAGCAGACAAUUGACGCUCUGAAAGAGAAGAUCUAUCACUUGGAGGUGCAGCUGAAAGAAACUACUCACCAGAUGGAGAUGACCAAGCUAAAACUCGAGCUCCAAGCGGCCGGGGGCUCAAACAAGAAAAAGGCCGACAAAGGCUUUAUGGUGAGGCCUGAGAUGUACGACGUCUGCUUGGAGGCCAAAGUUCAGGUGCACAGUCAGGGUGUUGGUGACCAAGUUGUUCUCGCUGAAGCUCCUCAGAGCUUCUCUGUCGGAGUGUCUUGUCGCCCGAGUGUGCAUAGUGUUGGCGUCGGGCCUGAGAACUCGCUGGAUCUGCCCUCGGUGGAGCCACAGCACCAGCAGGAAGGCGUCCACCUCAACGUUAGUCAGGUGGGAGUCAACACGGUCGAGUCUGUAAGCUGCUUGGCCUUCUGCAAACCCAUGAUGGAGCUGGUCAAGGAGUCGCGAUCGCUGGGCUGCGGAGAUUGCACCGUGGACGUCGUCAUCAGUCCCGUCAGGACGAUGGUAUCGCAAGGAACCGACCCAGACCUCGUUGCCAAGGUAGACUCUUGUGUCAUGGCUGCCCCUGAAUCGGUAAGUCGGCGGACCAACACCGAGACUGAAGUCGUCAGCAAGUCCACCAACACAAAAACCACCGUGCUGACGGACUCUUGCACGGACGCCGCCUUGUCCACCUGCGACAAGCACACCAACACCGCUGCCACCGAAACAAGGACGGUCGCUGCAGGGGAGGGACUCGUCAAGGAUGUGCACUCGGCCGCAAAGAUGCGUUCAGUCGCCGUGGGGACCGCCACAGAUGUGGGAGAGCUCCUCGGCCAGUCCAACUCUACCAAAACCAAGGAAUGCGGAGUGGGUCCUGUUAGCGUUCACGAUAACUUCUUGAUCGGCUUAAAAACACGCAACAUAGCAUGCGGGCCUUCCCAGUUCCCUGAACCUGUCGCUGGCAACAAGGAGACUGUGGAGGCGCCAGCCCAAGCGGAGUGCCAGGGGGGCGCCAGGCUGGACCAUUACAUCGAGAGGGUGCAGAAGCUCUUACAAGAGCAACAAAUGCUGCUGGCGGAGAACUACAGCGAGCUGGCCGAGGCCUUCGGACAGCCCCAGUCCCAGUUUGGAUCCAUCAACAGCGAGCUGGUCAGCACGCUCUCGUCAAUCAACUCGGCCAUGAAGUGCGGGAGCGCCGAGGACCUCUUCGAGCUGCAGGCUGACGAUGCGGCCUCGGAAGCUGGCGUUCAGGCGGUCUCCUGCGGCCGGACGGAGAAGACACACGCAGACAAACCUGCCAAGACGUUGUCUCAGCAGCAGAUCAGCGCGGCCGAGCAGAAGAGCCGCAUGGACCUGCAAAUGUCCACAGCGCUGCAUGGUCAGCCAUCGCUGAAGUCCAUCAUGAAGAAAAAAGAUGGCCCUCCAGACUCCAGCAGCACCAAGAAGAACCUGCAGUUUGUCGGCGUGAACGGAGGAUACGAGACCACGUCCAGCGACGACUCCAGCUCGGAGGACAGCAGCUCGUCUGAGGAUGAGGAGGAAGAAGAUGGAAAGGAAAAGGACGGAUGCCGGAAUUUGGAGGAGGAGAAGAGCGUCAGGGACGAGUUUCAGCCGGAGGGGGCGGAGGAUGUGGACGUGAAGGUGGAAGAGGGAAGUUUGGAGAACAGAGAAAGGUACCAACUCAGCGAGAAGAUGUUGGCCGCAUGCAACGUCCUCAAAGUUCACCUCAGCGACCCCAAGGAGGUCAGCAGUAAAGACCUGAGGACGUGUCUGAACACGGUGCAGCAUGAGUGGUUCCGUGCGUCCAGCCAGAAGGCGGCGGCAGCGGCGGCGGUGGAGGACCACUUGGCGGGAUUCGGCGGCGUGUCGCCGGCCGUGCUGCGACACGUGGUCAACAUGGCGGACGGCAACGGCAACACGGCGCUGCACUACAGUGUGUCCCACUCCAACUUCAGGGUGGUGAAGAAGCUGCUGGACGCAGAUGCGUGUAACGUCAACCAGCAGAACAAGGCGGGUUACACGCCCAUCAUGCUGGCCGCGCUGGCCGCCGUGGAGACGCCCACGGACAUGCAGAUUGUGGAGGAGCUCUUCAGCAAAGGAGACGUGAAUGCCCGAGCCAGUCAGGCGGGUCAGACGGGGCUGAUGCUGGCGGUGAGCCACGGCAGGAUGGACAUGGUACGCGCCCUGCUGGCUCACGGCGCCGACGUCAACGUGCAGGACGACGAGGGCUCCACGGCGCUGAUGUGCGCCAGCGAGCACGGCCACGUGGAGAUCGUCAAGCUGCUGCUGGCGCAACCCGACUGCGACGCCACGCUCAGCGACAGCGACGAGAGUAACGCUCUGUCAAUCGCUCUGGAGGCGGGACACAAGGACAUCGCCGUCUUGCUUUACGCACACGUCAACUUCUCCAAAGCUCAGUCGCCAGGAACGCCUCGACUGGGUCGAAAGAUGUCGCCCAGCCCCACUCGCAGGGGUGCGUUUGAUUAGCGCACCCAUGUUGGCCUUAUGAGAGACGCCUUAAUGUGAAUCUGACCAGCUAGCCUGACUUUUUUUUCUCUUUUUGCAGUCCAACAGUCCCCAAAUUAUAUUUUCUGCCCCCCUCCAUCACACACACACCCCAAUGUGAUAAAAUUGGUGUACAUACUUCUGGUGUCAACAUCAGCCAAUGAGAUCCACUUUUAUACAAAUCCUUUCUAUCUAUUUAAAAGUACAGUAUCAUUAUUAUUAUUAUUAUUGCAGAUCCAUGAAGUACUAUAUUUAUCAAGGUUUAGUUUGUAAAGCAGAUACUGUAGAUGUAUUUCACUGUACAUAUUAUAGUCCACUUUUCUUUUCUUUCCACUUUGUGUCCUUUUAAACUGACCUUGCCGUCAGCGUGUAACAAUAAACAUCUUUUCAAAGUUAGUUUCUAC